UCGUCUGUCUUGUAUUUUGUGAUUGUGUGGUUAGCAGAUGGCACAAACAGCAAUUUAACGUAGCCAUAAGUAAUUCAAUUAAAAACUAGAAUGGAAUAAAAUACGCAAUCAGACCCCAAGAAUCCUAAGAUGAAGUUAAAUCACAAAAGCAUCGAAAAGGAUGGGUGCGGGAGCAUCAGCCUCACUCCUGAAGAGCCAGAAGACAUCUGGCACGCGUACAACCUCAUUUCUGAAGGAGAUAUUGUGACUGCGUCUACCGUACGUAAAGUACAAACAGAAUCCGCUACUGGUUCGUCUACCAGUAGCAGAGUUAGGACAACUUUGACUAUAAAUGUGGAGACAAUAGACUUCGAUACUCAAGCAUGUGUGUUACGGUUGAAAGGGCGAAAUGUGGUGGAGAACCAAUAUGUCAAGAUGGGUGCAUACCACACAUUAGAUCUAGAAUUAAACAGAAAGUUUAAUUUACAAAAAGCACUAUGGGACUCCGUGGCCCUGGAGAGAGUGGAGAUGGCAUGCGACCCGGCAGCAAACGCAGACGUUGCUGCGGUGGUAAUGCAGGAGGGGCUGGCGCAUGUGUGCCUCAUCACACCGUCCAUGACUCUAGUGCGGUCAAAGAUUGAUAUCACUAUUCCUAGGAAACGGAAAGGAUUUGUACAGCAACAUGAAAAGGGCCUAAACAAGUUUUACGAAGCAGUGAUGCAAGGAAUUCUGCGGCACAUAGACUUCUCCAUAGUGAAGUGUGUAAUUAUAGCAUCCCCCGGCUUCGUCAAGGAUCAGUUCUUCGAAUACAUGAUGCAGCAAGCCAUUAAAACUGACAACAAACUGCUCAUUGAUAAUAAGGGCAAGUUCUUGCUGGUCAAAGCAUCGUCUGGGUUCAAACAUUCAUUGAAAGAGGUUCUUCAAGAGCCAGCAGUAAUGGCAAAAAUCUCAGACACAAAAGCGGCAAGUGAGGUAAAGCUCCUGGAGAGUUUCUACACCAUGUUGCAGUUGGAGCCGGCCAAGGCGUUCUACGGGAAGAAGCAUGUUGAGAGGGCUAAUGAGGCACAAGCGAUUGAGGUCCUGAUGAUAUCUGAUAAGUUAUUUAGAUGUCAAGACAUCCAGAAGAGGAAGGAGUAUGUUGCGCUGGUGGACUCGGUACGGGACAACGGUGGAGACGUCAGAAUAUUCUCGAGCAUGCACGUUUCUGGUGAACAACUGGACCAGCUAACAGGCGUGGCAGCCAUUCUGCGGUUCCCAAUGCCCGAGUUGGAAGACAGCGACGAAGAAGACGAGGAUUCAGAUUCGGAUUAACUUUUACACAUUAACACAAUAGUAUGUGCUCAAUGAACAAACUUUGGUGCAGUCA